UUAGCAGAUUUCAGAAUAUGAGUAGAAGUACUGCUGCCAUUUCCACUGGCUCAAUAGAGAAGAAACUACAAUAGCUAAUGUAGCUAUCCCAGAAGUACCAAAAUAUGGUAUUCAACAGGGCAGGGCGUUUCAUACGCAACAAACCCAACAGAUAGGAAACAUUUAUUCUACAAGAUAGGAGGAAAUGGUGUUCGGAAGCAGGGGGUAUUGUUGAAAAGGUUAGUUCUGAAAUCAAGGGCUUUGAAAAGGAAGAUAUUAUUACCACUUCAUGUGUGGAUAUAUCAAUGACUCUAUUGAUGCCUUUCUAGACAACUUCAUUGCUGCACCAAACACUACUAUCAAGCACAACAAGGAAACUUUCCACUAAGAGGAUCUCCCAGUUGAAACUUCAACUUCAGAUAAACUUAACACAAUUGAAGGUGCUGCCUGUGUUACUCUUGGACUUGCAACAAUCGGUGUUUCAUGUGUGCACCAUCUUAGACAAACAUGCUAAUGCAAGUAAGUUUAUGUUCAUCUGGGUGGUGGUACUGCAACAGGUUUCCUUGAUUUUCAAGUGGCAAAGCUUUUAUUCGCAUUGUAUGUUAUUACUACUGCUUCCACAAAGAGACAUGUUGAUGCUUUGAGUCUAAUAGAUUACGUUUUCGACUGUAAAGACGCUGACGUCGUUAAUCAAAUCAAGAAAGUUGUUGGCCCGAAUAUUAAAUAUGUAUUAGAUUGUGUUUCUAACAAAGAGACUUUUCCAAUCAUUAUACGAUGCCACUUCAGAAACAUCUGACGUUAACAUUUAUUCUUGGCUGAAAGAUAUUUUAACUGAACUUAGCAGAAUUGUUACGUAUGAUGAAACACUGAUCUAUGUUGUAGAUGGGAAUGACACCGUUUUUGCUGGUAUUAUUGUUAAUUCAUCUCCGAAGUGGUCAAACGUAUUACCACCUGUUCUGGACAAACUUGAAAGUGCACAGUUGAGAGAGUAAGGCCUAGAUUUGAAUCUGCCGAGGAAGCGUUCUCAUUGUUAAGAGACAAAAAAGGUUCCUGCAAAAAACAGUUGUUUUGGAAGUUAAAGAUAUUAAUGUUUUCAUGAUACAUGAUAUAUGAUUAGUUGUAAAUUAGGGGAGAGUUUUUAAUAUUUUUUAGAUGAUUAGUUGUUUGGUAGUGCAGAUUAAAAAGAUGAUUAAAUUUUGCCAAGAACUUUCACUUGUAUCAACCUCCCCCACAUUUAUAUAUGUACAAGUUCAUUUCAUAUAAUAUUCCACUCAUUAGAAUUACAGUAUGGGAGCUUGGGGAGUAGGAAUAUUCGAUAGCGAUUGCAAUUGCGAUUCGUUCGCAAACUUUGAAAUUAAACCAAUUCAACAAAUCUUGAAAACUAUUCAAGAAUAUACUAAAAAUGAUUUAAAAAACACCUACCUAGAGAUCGACGAGGCUGGUGAUAUUAUAAUCGCAGCAUUACUCGCAGCUGGCUUUAAAAAUCAGAACAAUAUCUCCAAAAGAGAGCAAGAGCUUACUCCCUACUUUCUGAAAAAGGUUCUUGAUAUCAUUAAUUCGAAUCAGAAAGAAUUUAAUGAAGCAACGAAAGGGUAUGUUACCGAGGACGGGCUUGAUGUGUUUUUGGGAUGUAAGAAGGCCCUCUCUCUUGUAAUCUCACCAUAUUCGGAGAGUUACGAACUAUGGGGAGAAACAGAUUUAUUCAGAGAGUGGUUGGGCCUGUUAGAGUCUCUCAUUGGCGAUUUAUAGUUAUCUAGAAUAUCAUACUCUUCAUUUCAUGGCCCUAUGAUUGUUUUUUUUGUUAUAUAUCCUUGAAUCCAAAUUUAGAAUGAAUAGUCGAAAAUAAACCUAGCUUUGUGUAAAUAUUACGUCAUAGAGUGAGUUAGUGGC